GUUCAGCUGUACACACAGGUAUCUCUGCACAUACCUACUGGAUGUGGAUACCUUCAUAGACCAGCCAAAAUGGCAAUGAGCAGCAUCCUCAACACUGAUGACAUCAAGAAAGCUCUGCAUGCAUUUGCAGUUCCUGACUCCUUCGACCAUAAGAAGUUUUUUGAGAUGGUGGGUCUGAAGUCCAAGUCUGCUGACGAUGUGAAGAAGGUCUUCACGGUGCUGGAUGCUGACAAUAGCGGCUUCAUAGAGGAGGAGGAGCUGAAGUUUGUCCUGAAGGGAUUUGCCAAAGAUGGCAGGGACCUGACAGACAAAGAGACCAAAGCAUUUUUAAAAGCAGCCGACAAGGAUGGAGACGGCAAGAUUGGAGUGGAUGAAUUUGCUGCCCUGGUGAAAGAAUAGUCAGCUAAUGUGACUGAAAAUCACCACCUAGCUGCCACCACAUCCUGACACCUGCUGACCCCCUUUGUCCCUCCCCAGCCCGACUCCCAGGCCACCAGGCUGCAGACACACUCCUCUUCUUCAUCCCCAUCCCCAUCGCUGUCUUCACCGAGUGCGGAGUUGUGCUGAAGUAGGCCGUGGUGUGUGUCCGCCUCACACCCACAUCCUCAAAUACCCCUUUAGCUAUAUUCAUCCUAUUUAUUUUAUUCUUUUUAUAAAAAAAAUGUUAUGGUUUCUCUUUAUGUGUAGAUAUAAAACAUGCCUGUGGGAUAAAACCUUACACUUUAAAGCAGAUAUUAAAAAAGAGAUUAUAUGAGAAGGUAUUUCCUGUCUUCACCUUCAUAUUGCACAACACAUCACCUCUCUUUUCCUUCAUCUUCCUCCCUUGUUCUUCUGUCCUCUGUUGAGUUCACCUAUCACCCCUUCCUCCCUUCUCCCUUCUGUCUCCUCCCACACCACUGCACCAUCCACACCCACCUACGUAUCUCUCCAUCCUUUUUUCCUGUGGUAAUGAGCUGUUGUAAACAUACCAAAAGAAGAAAGAGAUCAAGCUGUGAAAGAGUAAAAUAAAAUGAAGACAACAAAACCUCGA